AUGAGCCGUAGCCCAUUCAGCACUCAGAAUGAUCCACUGCUAUUUGAUUCGUAUGACCAACCCGAUCAAUCCUCGCUCUUUGCCCCGACCCCAGAAUAUGCCCCGACCCCCGGAUAUGGCGUCUGCCAGACACCCUCCGUGAUGAGUCUGAUUAGCCCGGAAGACCGCCCAAAUGACGACUUCUCCCCGCAGCACCGAUCUCCUCAAAUAAACCAGAUUCAAUUACUUCAGCUGGAGCCCAAGUUAAAGGAAGUUGUGGGCAAGAAAUUUGCACAGAAAAGUGUUGAAUUAGAUGAUACAACCAUCCUUGUAUCGGUGAAUCAUCGUAAUCAGCCAGACCUCACUCUCUCUUGUGACAAAACCGAAAUGGACUGGCCUGCUGUGGAGAAACAGCUUCUGGUGUGGGGCGACCUUUUCCGUGCUGGGAAGAAACUAACACUGAAUAUGUCAUUCAACUAUACCGAGGGCAGUCACGUCCCAAGGGCCAGCCCAAGAAGGACAGAUAAAAGAGGGACUUCAUCUGCUACCCAGCUUAUGUUGCUUGAGCGGCAAGCAGACAUCAAUGCACAAGAACAGGCCACUGGGCAACCUCCUACUUGGGACCAUGUUUACAGUCUGAUGCGGUGCUCUAGUGGAGCAUGUGAGCUGGGACCGCACUGCUGGCGUGACCCUAUAAGCAAGAAGCAUAUUAAGCUGACAGUACAGAAUCUGAGGGCCCUUGUGAGCUACGCGGAGGAAGGUGGUGUGUUGAAAACCCACGACGACGUCCCUGAAUCAAUCCGUGAAAGGCUAUAUAUACAGGAGCAGCAGCGACUUGAGAGGCAAAAGGGAGGCACUCAGUCCACCAAUGGAUAUCCCCCUAUAAACAUUACCAACGUCCUUCCUGCGCAGGCUUCUCCUCUUUCUGUGCCGACUACACCGACUCCGAUGCCGACUACGGGUCCAGGAAAAGCGCCUCCGGAUUUUCUCGAGAUCCCUGGUCUGCGGGACCUUGCUGUUGCUGAAUAUAGUGACUGGCAGCAAUCCCAAGUGAAUGAUGAGAAACUAAAGGCAGAGUUUCGCAAAGCUCGCGAUACUGCCCUCGAAGAUGGACUGGAUGUUGUGCAGAUCCACAAGGAUCAGGAUCCGGGCUUUUUCAUCAGGAAUGGCAUCAAAAGAGGCAUUGCUCGUCGUUUUGUCGGGGACAUCAAUUAUUGGGUCGAGCAUUGUAAGUGCGGCAUAGAACAUAGACUAUAG